AUGGCGGAUUUUGGAAGUGGAAGCGACCGCUUUGCUUGAAAGAUUUAUCGUUUCUUGAAUUUAUUGAACUAAAGGGUGUUUUAAGAGGCAAAUACCAGUUAGUGCAAUAUGACGUCGAAGGAAUAUCCGCCGAGAGUGGCCUCUGAAGUUGCCGUAGACCCUCAUGCACUGGACGUUUUUCAUGCCCAGAUUGAAGAUGUUGAAAUUCAAGAUCAUCGUCAGGUUUAUGUAGGAGUUCAUAUUCCUCUGCGACAAAGGAAACACCACCACCAUCAGCGCCAUCAUCACCGACGCAGACACAGGUCCUUACUCGAAUCCAAAGAUGAACUCUCGUCAGAUGCAGGGACACCAUCAUUGCCAACAGACAAAGUGCGCUUCAUUCUUGGUGGAGAAGAAGCUGAUCAAGAGCAACACAAAAUGUUCUCAGAAUUGCUGGAAUAUCAUUGUGAUAAAGAUGGUAAUGAAGAGUGGAGGGAAAUGGCUCGGUGGUUAAAAUUUGAGGAGGAUGUAGAAGAAGGUGGAAAUCGUUGGAGUAAGCCGCAUGUUGGUACCCUUUCACUUUACAGUCUGUUUGAGUUGAGAAGUGCACUUUUACGUGGAACAGUACUUUUGGACAUGAAUGCAACCAAUUUAUCUCAAAUUGCUGAUCUUGUCCUUGAUGAUCUGGUGAAUAAAAAUCAAUUGGAUCAGGACAACAGGCAGCAAGUACGUGAUGCAAUCUUAAAGAAGAAGCGUCACCAGGGAAACAAAACACAAAAGAAGAAGAGCUCCAACCCAAUGAGUAGCUUUGGAUCAUUUGCAAAGAAAAGCUCGACCGCUGGCUUCACUGACAUGUUCAAAAGAUCUGAUUCUUCCCAGAAGACAACUGCUCCAAAGAAUUUAGAGGUGGUGAACGAGGUAGACACAAAUGAUGGAGAGUUCCCACAUUUCCCAUCAGCUGCAGACUUGGUGGGAAAAGGGAAAGAGAGUGGUGUUAAUGGUAACGCAGGUCUUGACCAGACAGACUCUGAGACUUGCUUAGAAGCGUUUGAUGCCAACUUUAUGAAAAAGAUUCCUCAGGGCGCUAAAGCUUCCAAUGUCUUGGUUGGUGAGAUGGAUAUCAUCAAGAAGCCAGUGACAGCAUUUGUACGUUUGGAGAAUGCAUCACUCUUAGGUGACCUCACUGAAGUUCCUGUGCCAUCAAAGUUUAUAUUUCUCAUGUUAGGACCAUCUGGUACACCAGGAAGGUACAUGGAAGUUGGACGUGCUAUUGGGACACUGAUGUCUGAUGAGGUUUUUCAUGAGGUUGCCUACAAAGCACAAUGUCGUGAGGAUUUGCUGGCUGGAAUUGAUGAAUUUUUAAUGCAGGUAACAGUGUUGCCACCUGGUGAAUGGGAUCCCUCCAUUCGCAUUGAGCCUCCAGAUGCUGUUCCAGCGCAGGGAAAUCGUCUUGAGGUUGUGAAGUCUGGAGGUGGUGGAGAAAUGGAGGAACAUGAUCCGGCAGGAGACAGAGAAGAACAACUUCAGAAAACAGGAAGGUUAUGUGGUGGUCUCAUUGCGGACAUCCGACGUCGUGCUCCCUGGUACUGGAGUGAUUUUAAAGAUGCUCUGAACCCUCAGUGUAUUGCAUCAAUUAUCUUCAUUUACUUUGCUUGUCUCACACCAAUUAUUACAUUUGGGGGUUUGAUGGGGACAAAGACAGGGAAGAACAUGGCUGCUAUGGAGCAAAUUCUUGCUGGUGGAAUUGGUGGAGUCCUUUUCUCCUUAUUUGGUGGUCAACCACUUAUUAUUCUGGGUGCAACUGGGCCUAUGUUAGUGUUUGAAGAAAUUCUGUAUACAUUCUGUGAUAAAUUUGGCCUUGACUACAUGCCAUUCCGUUUAUGGAUUGGUAUAUGGACGAUGCUGUACUGUUUUGUCCUUGUGGUAACAGAUGCCAGUGCCCUUGUGCGUUACUUCACCCGUUUCACAGAAGAGUCAUUUGCCACCCUAAUUGCAUUGAUCUUCAUUGUUGAGGGUUUCAAGAAGUUGUUCCAUGUAUUGGAUGAUAGCCCAGUGAGUAAAGGUUACAUAACUAGUCACAGUUGUUUAUGCUAUCCGGGAGAAGAAGAUUCUUCCGGUCACCACGUGGCAGACAGCUCAUCUUUUUUCAACAUAACACCACUGGACUAUCCAAUCGGAGAUUGUGUAAGGUAUGGUGGUCAGCUUGUGGGUGAGGCAUGUCACUCUAAUGUGUUUUUCUUGUCGGUCAUCCUAUCUCUCGGAACCUUUUUCCUGGCAGUUACACUGAAGGAAUUCCGUAGCAGCAGCUAUUUCCCAACAAAGGUCCGCUCUGUAAUCUCUGAUUUUGCUAUCCUGAUUAGUAUUAUGGUAAUGGUUGGUGUAGACUUGGCAUUUGGCGUUAACACACCAAAGCUUGACAUCCCAUUGAAAUUUGAGCCAACAAACAGUAAAGAAAGAGGUUGGAUAAUCCCUCCUCUGGGUAAAAACCCUGUCUGGACCAUCCCUGCUGCAGCAAUCCCAGCUUUACUAGCCACUAUCUUAGUUUUCAUGGAUCAGCAAAUCACAGCACUGAUUGUAAACAGACGAGAACACAAGCUCAAGAAAGGAGCAGGUUAUCAUCUUGAUCUUCUACUUGUGGCUCUUAUCAUUGGUAUAUGUUCAUUGCUGGGUUUGCCCUGGGUUGUAGCAGCCACUGUUCUGUCAGUCGGUCAUGUGCAGAGUUUGUUUGUAGAAUCUCAGUGCACAGCUCCUGGAGAGAAAGCACAAUUUCUUGGUGUGAGGGAGCAACGUAUCACUGGAACAUUCAUUUUCAUCUUGAUUGGCCUGACUGUGUUUAUUGCUCCCAUACUUAAGUUUGUUCCAAUGCCUGUUCUUUUUGGUCUCUUCUUCUACAUGGGAUUCUCAGCACUUAGGGGACUGCAGUUCUUUGAAAGGUUAAAGAUCAUGUUUAUGCCUGUGAAGCAUCAACCUGAUUUGAUGUUUCUGCGACAAGUUCCUCUUAAGAGAAUCCAUAUCUUCACACUGAUACAGCUACUUUGUUUGGGUAUACUGUGGCUCAUCAAAUCCACGGAUGCUGCCCUGAUCUUCCCUGUUAUGGUAUUGAUGUUGGUUGCUGUGCGUAAAGUAAUGGAGAAGAUUUUCAACCUCCAUGAACUUGAAGUGUUGGAUGACUUGAUGCCAGAGAGCAUCAAAAAGCAGCAAGCUGAUGAGGCAGCAAAAAAGAAGGAUGAUGACUAUGAUUCCGAUGAUGAUUUAGAUGAUGAGGAUGGUUGUAAUCAUUACGAUGAAACUGAUGGUAAAAAGGCCCUCAGUGAUGGAAAGGAGUUAAAUGGCACUGCAAAUGUUGUAGCACCAAUGAAUAUCUCAGAGGAGAUGUGCAGGAGCUCACUGUGGAAACAGUUUGUCAAGGAUGGAACAACAGCAAAAAAUAGAAAGAACAAACCUAGUGAUAAAUCCAAGCAUAAACACAAACACCAUCACAAAAACAGGCACCAUCGCCACAAGAGAGAUCGUGAAGGAUCAGCCGAUGAAGAGGGACUGUGGAUGCUCGAGAAGAAGAAGGAAGAUGGUGAAGAUGCAGGACCUGAUGUUGAAAUGGGAAGAAAGCUCUCUACAAUAAAUGAGGACAAGCAGGAUAUUGUUAUUGACAUGGAGGAGAUACAGAAGUCUUUGCUUGAGUUGAAUGAAAUUGGCAACACUGUGACUGAUGAAGGAGCUGACAAGCAAACUCCGCGUGAUUCAGAAAAUCCUGUUUAGAAUGUUUCCUGCGUGAAUUCUGGCAUUCAUUUUAUACCGGUAUUGUUGAUCAUAUGAGAACAUAUUAGUAUGCAUACAUGAUUAAGAGGCAGUUGUAAUUGCAUAAAAUGGCACACUCUGAGGUUGCUACAGACAGCACAGCAACCCAAUUUAUUUAAUUAAUAUCUCCAGUAACACACACAAGUCAAAGUGCAGACACAUACAUGAUAUGAUAACUGUGGACUUUCAAUUUUUUUAAAUUUUAGAACUCAGAUUUCUCUUCAGGCAUGAUGAUAUGUAUUGACUGCAUUAAUUGAUGAAAAAACUCUGAUCGGUAACUAAAGGGUAGAUUAAAACAUAGUGGUGAAAAAGCUGUAUAGAAACGAGGUCUUUUGAUGGGGCAAGUAACUUGCGGUUAAAAAAAAAACUGCAUAAAAUCUAUUGUAAGAGUUGUAAUUGAAUUAGAAUUAUCUUGGAAAUUUAAUUAAUAAUCUGUUGAAAAAGAUUUGAUAAUUUGCAGUUUUGUUCACAUGAUCAUGUCUGAUAGGAAAUGUCUGUAUUGAACUUCACUGAUGUGUGGGUCACAAGAUGGUAUAAAAAAAAAUUCAGUUGGAAAAAAGCAUUCAGUUGGAAAACAGCUCUGUUAAGAUUGAUUGAGAAUUCAUGUUCUUGAAAACUACACUUAAGGUAGAUAAAGCAGUUUAGAAAAAGGCUUGUGUAGACAAUUUCAUUUUGUUGUUGUUUAAAACUGUAACAGGUUAGCUUUGAAGUUUAAAUGGUGAACAGUAACAUUGGAUUGUAUGUUAUAUUUAAUGAAUAAGCCAUCUAGGUGGUAAGAUAAAAUUAUGUCCAUAAAACAAAUAAACAAACACACUAACAAACAAGCUUCUCCAGCAAAGGUGACAAACAAUAUCAUGUAGCAGUUUGUGCUAAUAAAUUUCAGUAUUUUUGUAUUUUUAGUAAUUAAGGCAUAGCAGAGGCGGGUCCUCUUAAGAAUUGUUUCUAGCUUUUGUUAAUUUGGCCUUUUAAUCAUGGUUUGCCCUCUCUCGCAAGCCUAGUGACUAUGCAAACUCAGACCUCACAGGUGGGCUCAUAUUUUUUCACUUCCCUGGGAUGGUAUUAGUUUCACUUCAUUUCAAGGUUUUCUUUCAGUUACUCAGCCAGGAUUUAAUGACCAAAACUCAACAGACUCAAUCCUGUAAUAAAGCAAUCUAUUUUGGCACUUAAUUUAAAAUGAAACAAGUUUGGGACAAUCUUGUAUUUGUGAAUUUCAGAAGUUAUUUAUUCCAGCUUAAUGCGAUAACUAAAGGGGAACCGUCCAAUUUUUUAACUUUGUAGUAGAACAUUUUCUGUGUUUGUGGGUGUACUUUCAAUUUUUGCAUUUGAUUUUCCAGUGGUGGUCUUACCACUUAAGUUUGAAUCCUUCUUGACAGUAAUUUACACUUAAUCAAAUAUUUGCUUUUGUAACUAAAUGUACUGAUUUUUUAUGGUUUUCAGUUAGUGAUAACAUCAAUCAGUUUGAUCUUGUGAUUAUGUUUACCUUAUAUUUGAGUAGUGCUAUUUAGAGAGCACUGUAGGUUAAAGCUGUAAAUUUUUGAUAAGAGAUAUUUGACAGUAUAUUAUGGAAGUUGUUCAGGAAGUAGUUGCCAAUCUCUAUGUUACACCUGAUGUUGUUAAAUUUAUUCUUGGUUCUAAUUUCACCAUUAUUUGUUGCUGUGUAUAGUAAUUGAUGAAUGAACUACACCUCAUACAUGAGCUUUGAACCAAGAAUAAAGCUUGACAAUGACAGACUCAUUUCUUCAGGUUUAUAUCUUCAUUUUGGUUUUAAAUUGUUUAAAUCAGUUGGAAUAGAACAUUUAUUUUUUUUAUUUUCCUCAAUUUCAGAUGAUCAUGAAAACCAAUCUGAUCGCUUAGAAUUUUAAACCUUUAUGAAUUUUUAACCUUACUGUAAACAAGUUUUAUUCACUGCACAUAUUCCAAACUUUUAGAUAUGGAUGUAAAAAGUAUUGUAAUGUUAGAAUAUUUAUGGUCCAAACACACAUUAAGUUAAAAAUUAGUUUGUAAUUAGUAAGAUUACCUUAAUAAAAAUGAAUGUCUUGUGUUCACUGGAACAAUUUUUUGUAAUUCUCAAGACUCAAAUAUCUGAUCACAAUAGCUUGCAUUUUGAGAACCAAUACAAUGUCUUAGUUAAUAAUUAUGUUUUUUCGUUGUUGUUGUUGUUGUUGUAAAAACUUAUGGAGAGUAAUUUUGUCAAGAAAGCGAGAUUAUUUUGAGAAAUGAUUAUAAGAAGAAGGUGCUAUAUUUACUGUAAAUGAACUUGGUAUGUAGGCCAAAAGCCUUGUUCAGAAUUCAUCAAGUAAACUAUUGUCAAUUUGUGCAAGUGUUUCUGGAUAUCAAAUAAAGUUCACUCAUUCACAUGA